AUGGCGCCGGCCACCCGCCGCGGAGAGAAGACGCAGUCGCUGCAGGCGGCGAUUCCAGGAGCCCCCCCGCGUCCAGGGCUGAAGUCGCGCGCGCACUCGGCCCCCAUGGUGCCGCCCGAGCGCGCGUACGAGGCCCAGGACGGCGACGAGAUUGCCGACGACGCCUUCUUCCAGCGCUACCACUUCCCGCAGGCCGUCGGUAGCACCGCCGAGGAGCCCGCCGACAGCGAUGUCGAUGUCGACAGCUCGUCCGACACCGAGGGCCCGCUGAGCCCCACCCACGCCGCCCACCGCCAGCCGCGCGACGGCGACGGCCCGCCCGACCAGUCGCCCGAGAGCGAUGACGCGCCCGUCCUGCAGGACCUGACCUUCGCCGUGCUGGGCGCGCGCGGCGCCGGCAAGUCGACCUUUAUCCGCCGCGCCCUCGGCCUGCCCGACGCGACCGCCGCCGCCGCCUGCACCCGCAAGUGGACCAUCGACGGCGCCCCCUACCUCGUGCGCUUCCUCGAAAUGUCCUUCAACGACGUGCAGAUUGGCGACCGCCACCACGUCAAGUGGCCCGAGACCAUCCACGACAUGGCCACCCCGCGCAUCGACGGCGCUGUGACCCUGUACGACGUCACCAGCGAGGGCAGCCUGGCCCGAGUGCCCGAGAUGCUCAACAUCCUGGCCCGCUCGCACCUGCCGUUCGUGCUGGCCGCCUGCAAGUGCGACCAGCACCCUGCCCACCGCGAAGUCGACCCGGCCGUGGUCGAGCAAAAGGCCAAGUCGUUCCUUGGCGACGUCAGCGUCUUCUCCACCGCCGAGGCCUCGCCCGAAACCCACCGUCUGUGUCUGUCCGUCAUCAUCAGGGCCGCCAUCUCGGCCCGACGUCCCCGGUCGCAGGCCUCGUCCCGCCGCCGCGCAAACUCCUCGGCUGUCCUGUCCAUGACCCAGAAGGAACUGUGGGCGAAGAAGCACGAGCGGGCCACCUCAGAAAUUUCCUCCCAGUACUCCCGCAAGGGCUCGCUUGGCGCCCGUGGCCAUCGCUACAAGCCGAGCCAUGUCAACAAAACCUUCUUCAACGAGGAGUCCCCGGCCUACGACUCGGAUGACUCGGCCGACGGCUCCGACACGGCACGCAGCAUCAUGACCAUGCAGCCGUCGGACGAGAACGGCUACACCUUUGACCAGCUGGUCGACCGCCUCCUGGCCCAGCCCAUGUCCAAGAACGACACCAAGUUCGUCGCCGUCUUCCUCGCCCUGUACCGCCGCUUCGGGACCCCGGGCCAGCUGCUCGAGGGCAUCCUGCGCCGCUUCGAGCAGCUGGCCAAGAACAAGGACAUGCCCAUGAUCCGCGUCAUUGCACAGCUGCGCUACCUCGCCGUGCUGCACCAGUGGGUCGCCUACUACCCGGGCGACUUUGCAUACCCCACAACCCGCAAGCUGAUGCGCAAGUUCGCCUCCACCAUAUCCGCCAACCGCGAGUUUUCCGUCGCGGCCAUGGAGAUCACCCGCGAUCUUGAGAUGGUGGCCGAGGACGACGACACCGAUUGGGCGUGUAGUGACCGCCUGCGCGCUCAGAGCGAGCAGCUGCCCGCCUUCUACAACACAGUCUUGGAUGAGGAGUCUGAAGACGACGCCUUCACACGCGCCAUCGGCCACAUGUCGAUGGGCUCUGACAGUCUGUCCGUCGCCCGCAGCAGCACGACAACCCGCUCCAAGUCGAUGAACGGGUCGCUCGGGUCCUCCCUCACGCUCGUGACACAGGUCGAGCGAAACGAGCGGCUUGCCCGCCAGCUCGAGCCCAGCCCUCUCAAACCCCUGAGCAAAGCCCACUGGCACCAGCUGAUGGCCUGUGACGACCAGGUCAUCGCCAAAGAGCUGACCCGCAUGGACUGGAUCAUGUUCUCGUCAGUGCGGCCGCGCGACCUCGUGCGCCACGUCUCGCUCUCCACCGAAGCCCGCAAGCAAUGCCGCCAGCUCGAAAACGUCACGCGCAUGACCGCGCACUUCAACCACAUCGCCUUCCUCGUCACCAACUACAUCCUGCUGCGCGACAAGCCCAAGCACCGCGCCCUGAUGCUGGAGAAGUGGAUGCGCAUCGCGCGCCAAGUCCGCAAACUCAACAACUACAACUGCCUCGGCGCCGUCAUCGCCGGCGUCAAGGGCACCGCCGUCCACCGCCUCAUCGCCACCCGCGACCUCGUCCCCCAGGCCGUCAACCACGACUUCCUCAAACUUGAUAUUCUUAUGGGCCCGCUCAAGUCCCACUGGGCCUACCGCCUCGCCUGGGACAACUCCUCCGCCGAGCGCAUCCCCUACAUCCCGCUGUACCGCCGCGACCUGGUCUCCGCGUCCGAGGGCUCCGCGACCUUUGUCGGCACGCGCCCCGCCGCCCCCAGCUUCACCCCACACCCCGGCACGAGUGUGUUCGGCGCUGCGGCUGGCGCGCGCGAUGCCAAGGAGGCGCCGCCCGGGGGCGUGGUGGGUAAGGAGAGGAUCAACUGGCGCAAGUUCGAUAUCAUGGGCGAUGUGGUGGUGGGCAUUCAGCGCGCGCAGGGGACGCCGUAUCCCGCGUGGCACAAGUGCGAGGAGGUGCGGAAUCUGAUUCUGGAUGUCAAGAUCUCCAAGGACGAUGAUGAGCUCUAUGAGAGGAGCACGCAUCUCGAGGCCACGGGCGCGGGCGACAAGGGCCGCUUUGCGAAGUGGCUUGAGAAGCGGUGA